AUGUGCAACAAAAUGUCAGAUGUUCGCCUUUCUAAUGCGAGCCCGACAUUGGAGAGGGUGGAUGCGCGGCAGCCGGAUAAUGUCAGACCUCCGGUGCGCAGAAACCUUUUUGGAAGACCUGACCGAGAGGAGGUACGGAGGUACGUGACGGACUCGGUGCGGGAAGAUGUGCAGGCUUUCACGGAGAGAUAUAACUUCGACCCGGUCACCGAGACGCCGCUUGCUCCGCGCAAUUACGACUGGCAGCAGGACAGCGACCCACCGGAAUUUUAUCUCCGACCGCCUCACACCGUCCACCGGCCGCAGCGAGAGAUAGACUCGCCCAACGGGGACUCGCAGGACGGGGAUGGCGAGGAGGAGGCGAGUGGAAGUCGGUCGCAUCGCCAGCGAGACCGAGGAGAUUCACGGAAAAGACGCUCGGAAGAUUCAGGUUCUUGCUCCGACGAGUGCCAGACUAAAAGGUCGCAUACCGACGAAGAUGAUGAUGAAGACCAGUCGGACGGUGCAGGAACUGUGGCGCUAACAGGCGCGCAGGAGAAACCCAGCAGGCCAGAAAACUGCGCGGAGGUCCAAUGAAAACCAGAGCGAAGAGAAGAGACCUGUUGCUGGUGGAAUACUGUAGCCUUUCUCAUCUGACAAGAGUGGAGAGAAAAUUUAUAUUAAAAUAACAAAAAAAGCAGCCUUAUCCUAAAGAAGGGAGGAGGAGAAGGCUGCACAAGCACUGAAUAUGUACACUAUCAAGUUUUGGCACUCAUAUUAAGCAAAUUGCCUCAGAAGCAGCAGACAAUGUAGCAGUGUGCAAAUGGAGUUUUGCUCAUUUUUUCCUUUUUUUGUAUCUACUACCUAUGUUUAAGAUGUAGCACAUAAGAAAGCAUAUUAUGCUUUUCAUACCUUCUUUUGUUUAAAUGUGUUUAAAUAAGUGUGUAAAUUUGACUCGGGAAGUUGCAGUGCAAUUUUCCAGCAGAGAGAUAUUAUUUUGUUAUAGUGGUCAUUUGUAUCAUUAUUCAGGUAAACUGAGUUAAGUUAAAAUAAAAAUUAAAAAAAAAUGCAGAUUUCAAGAAGUCAGGGUAAUGUGGAAGCAAAAUGUCUUCACUUUUUCUGUGGCUUUAUUUUCCCAGUGUUAUAUAUCUUGUUUUUUGGGUUUUUUUUUUGAAGGCCCAGAUGGCCACACUGUAAGUUGAGGGUCCAUCUAACUGGGAAUAGCCAUGAUAGAUAAAGUUUACAUGCAAAUAAUGUCUCCCUAUUUCCCAUUUUUGUGUCAUUUUUUUCUUAUUUUAAGGGGGUUUGCCAAAGUUUGUGCCCUUUUUUUCCUGUGGGUGAGGGAUGGGGUGGGAGGGUGGCUAAACUGCUGAGCAAUAUCCAACCAAAUUUUUUUUAUUUUUAAAGUAUUUGCUAAUAAUCCUAAGAGUUAGCUUUUAUUUUUAAAUUAGGCAACUUAUUAUUCUCGUGACUUUUCAGGUCACAUAUCCCACCCCACUUUUUAACAAGUGUGGUCCAGCUUAACAUAGAUGAAAAAUGUGUUAAAAUCACUGGGCUGUGUUCUAUUAUUAUGCAAAUAUGUGAAUCAAAGAAUUGUCUUUGUGGUGUGGAAUUCAUGACGAACAUGUAAUUGCACUAUUGUUCAUUUGUCGUUAUUUUUAGUGAGGGCAGAAAAAACUAAGGGACACCACCUCACUUGGUGUCAGACUUUGAAGUGUACCUGUGUGCCUGUUCUUUUUUUUUUUUUUUUUUUUGAAAAACACUGAAAAAAUUAAACUAACUUAUUUAUGUUGAGCUUUUUUUCUGUGGGUGUAUGUACAGCCUCCCAAAGUGAAAUUUUUGUGCAUUUUUGUAAAUAUAUAUUUUCAUUAUUGUUUUUAAGAUAAAUAAAUAAAAUUGCAAAACUGAGCCUAAUAAUCGA